CCACGCGCAGCUAGGGUUUCUCGCUCCGCCGCAACGCACGAUCCAGCUGCCCUAACCCUACCCUCCUCCUUCCUUUCCGGCGGCGGCGGCGGCGGCGAGCAGCAGCAGCAAGCGGCGAGAUGAGGCCGAUUCUCAUGAAGGGGCACGAGCGCCCGCUCACGUUCCUCAAGUACAACCGGGACGGCGACCUGCUCUUCUCCUGCGCCAAGGACCACACCCCCACCGUCUGGUUCGCCGACAACGGCGACCGCCUCGGCACCUACCGCGGCCACAACGGCGCCGUAUGGUCCUGCGACGUCUCCCGCCACUCCACGCGCCUCAUCACCGGCAGCGCCGACCAGACCGCCAAGCUCUGGGACGUCAAGACCGGGAGGGAGCUCUUCACCUUCAGGUUCGACGCCCCCGCGCGCUCCGUCGACUUCGCCAUCGGCGACCACCUCGCCGUCAUCACCACCGACAGCUUCAUGGGGAACAUGCCCACCGCGCAGGUCAAGCGAAUCGCCGACGACCUGCAAGACCAGACGGAUGAGUCCGCACUCGUGAUCUCUGGUAUCACCGGGAGGAUUAACAGGGCCGUGUGGGGACCGGGGAACCGGACAAUCAUCACCGCUGGUGAGGAUGCAACCAUUCGCAUCUGGGACUCUGAGACCGGAAAACUGCUGAAGGAGUCAGGCAAGGAGGAGGGACAUCAGAAAGCAAUUAGUUCACUGUCAAAGUCUGCAGAUUGGUCUCAUUUCCUUACAGGUUCCUUGGAUAAAUCUGCUAAGCUAUGGGAUGCAAGAACACUGACCCUGAUAAAGACAUACGUCACGGAGCGACCGGUUAAUGCUGUCGACAUAUCUCCUACCCUUGACCAUGUGGUUAUUGGAGGUGGGCAAGAUGCUAUGAACGUGACUAUGACAGACCGCCGUGCAGGCAAAUUUGAGGCUAAAUUUUUCCACAAGAUUUUAGAAGAAGAAAUUGGUGGUGUUAAAGGGCAUUUUGGACCAAUCAAUGCAUUGGCAUUUAAUCCUGAUGGUCGGAGCUUUUCGAGUGGUGGUGAGGAUGGGUAUGUAAGGCUGCACCAUUUUGAUCCUGAGUACUUCAACAUCAAGAUGUGAUCUUCUAAAUCAGCUGAGGCUGCAGCUGAGAGACCUCCCUUGUCCCCUGGAGAGAACAUAGCUUUUUUUAGCUCAGUUUUUGAAAACUUACUUUGUUGGAUGGUUACUAUGUAGUUGGAGUAGCAUAUUAUGAAUGGGCGAUGGAGAUCUGCUUAAAUUGGCGACAUAGUGUUCCUGUACCGUUUGUGUUUAUUAUCGGAAAAACUCUGUUUUGAUUUGA